AUGAAAACAUUCUCGCUGGGCCUCGUUGCCCUUUCUACAUUUGGCAUACUUUCCAAUGCCAGUGUAGUUCAUAUCGCCUUAUCCAAUGAAAAGGUAGAGGUGGAUCUUGUUCCUGAGCAGGAGAGCCCACAACAAAACCUCAACGCCCCACCAACAAAGAAUCUGACACUGGAAGAUCACCAUGUCAAUCUUGAUUAUGAGAUUCACGGCGGCAAUCUUACGGUAAGUCUACAACUCCAGGGAACCAUGCUCAUGAAUUCGAAUAUCUGAUCAAGUUCAACAUAGACUAGUGGCAAAUAUCUCAGCUUCAAGAACAUUCCUUAUGCUCAGCCACCACUGAAUGAAUACCGUUGGGCUCCUCCGCAAGAUAUAGAGGAGGAGAGUCCAAAGAUAAACUAUGGGCCAAAAUCUUAUAUUUGUCCCCAGACCCCUCCAGGCUGGGUGGCAAUUGGAACGAACUUUGUUGAAGGAUUCAACAAUAAAACCUGGAAUGCAAGAUGGGAAAAGCCAAUUAAUGCCAGUGACUACGGCGCAAUUCCGAAACAAAGUGAUCUAUGUAUGAACCCCUCUUUUUCUUCGCUUUCAUAUACUGAUUAUGUCUACUUUAGUCAGUGAGGAUUGCUUGUUGCUGGAUGUUAUGGUUCCAAGACCGUUGUGGGAAUCUAGGGAGUAUUAUAAAGGUAAGCCACGUGGAUUGCACAAUUUAAGUUCAACGGAAGGGUAUCUAAUUCGUGAUGACAAGCUCCUGUCGUGGUAUGGAUUCAUGGCGGAGAAUUCUUAGCUGGAAACAAGGAAAUGAAUGGUAGCCCAGAAGGUCUUCUCGAAGCCGCAGGCAAAGAUGGCGAUGAAAUUAUAUUCGUAAGCAAGAAAAACUCUUUCAUUCCGAUAAAUUCUCUGACCCUACUUCUAGGUCGCUAUGAACUAUCGUCUCGGAGCCUUCGGCUGGCUCGGUGGAGAGAAAUUCAUGUCUCAAGGCGGUCUGCCUAACCUUGGGCUUCACGAUCAAGCUUUUGCUUUACAAUGGGUGAAGAAAUAUAUUGAGCGUUUCGGUGGUGACUCUGAAAGGUUCGAUACCACUAGUACCCCUCUACUUCACGUCUCAUUAAUAGAAUCAUAGUAUUACCGUCAUGGGACAAAACUCCGGUGCUUCAUCUAUCAUUCAUCACAUCACAUCCUAUGGAGGAGACAAAGACCUUGCACCGGAUUUCGAAGCUGCCAUCAUCCAGAGUCCAGGUUUUUACCCACAGGCAAAUGGCACACAGGACGACCAGACCUUUGCCACUUUCCUAAACCUGACAAACUCCACCGAUCUUCAGAGUCUCCAAAAACAGAACUCGUCGGUUCUGAUUCAAGCCAAUCUAAACAUGACUUGGAACUCUUCACCAUACGGAUAUUACGCUUUCGGACCAACCGUAGACGGCCGUUAUGUUCCAGAUCUCCCAAGUCGGCUUCUCAAGGAAGGAAAGUUUCACGGAAAGAUACCACUCUUGAUGGGACAUGAGAGACUUGAUGGUCUCCUCUUCUCGCCUCCUUGGAUACGUACAAACCAAGCCCUCCAAGAUUGGUUCGUAGAAGUAUAUCCCGGUGCACCAAACUCCACACUGGGUUUCAUAGCAAACAACUACACCAUCCCGGGAAAGAAGUCUCCUCCUCAACUCACCCUCAUUGGCGUUUCCGAUUUUGUUAACGUAAGACGGCUUCUACUAUUAUGAAAAGGGCACAUACUGACAAAUCCAACAGCACAUUUCCAUCGAGUGCAACAACUACUAUCUAACCGAGGCCUCCCUCAAAUACUCAUCAUCCACUCCUGUCUGGCGCUACAUUUUCAACGCCCUUCCAGCAGUAAACGGCUACGACGUCGGUUAUACCGUCUGUCUCCCACCCCUCUCUUUACACCCAACAUAACUAACCAACUCCCAGUUCUAUCCCGACAAACCCCCUAUCUCACCCGUCAACGUUCCCCUCGCAAGCUUCUUCCAACAAUCCUUGGUAAACUUCAUCCGCAACCGGGAUCCAAAUCCCGAGAAGGGAACCGCCUCCUGGGAUCGAUACAAGCCCUCCAAACGCCGUGUUAUCAACCUCGGUAAGAAAGACCAGCUUAUAGCUGACUACACUUGGGAAUCGAGAGACGACACGAUGUUGAGGGAGAAAUGUGCGUUCUGGCAAUCGGCUCCGUUUUACACCCCUCCUCUACCGCCACUAAAGGAACCCAACAAGCCGAUCAAGGAGCCGGGGAAGAAGCCAGAGCCAGAGCCAAAGCCAGAACCAAAGCCAGUACCGGGACAUGAUGAAAAGCCAUUGCCAGUCAGGCCCGAGCCUCACCCUGAACCUGAACCUGAACCUGAACCGACGCAGCCGCUUCCAGAGCCCGAGAAGCCAAAUACAGACAGCGGGGUCUUGGAGAUUGAAGAUGAUGUUUAUGAGCACAGAGAGCUGAUCUAAAUCGCUGGUUUCGCUAAUAAUUUGUGCAACAAAAAUUGGCGUCUCUUCUAAUUUAUUAAAUUGCUCUUUUCUUUUCAGUAUACGCAGAGACGGUAGUUAGUG